CUGUACGAAAUUCAAUGGUUUAAAUAUUAUUCAUCGGGUAUUUAUAUAUAUCCCGUUCAACGUUUGUCAUGGUGGGAUGGUUCUUUUCAAGUUGUAGGUGUAUGUUUACUUAUUAAAAACUUGUAAUAUGUUGUUUGUUAAAGGGAGAAUAAAAAUACCCGGAAAUUGAAGAGAAAUAUAACGAAGUCAUGUCAACUGAUUCUUCAGAUUCAGACGACACAGAAGAUACCAAAUUUACAGAAAUCGACUCAUCACCUGAUGGGAUUAAAUUGAGACAGAAGAUAUUAACUGUAAUUAAAAGAAUAAGAAUAAAUAGGAAGUCUAGUACUCGUCUUCGAAAUGGUAAAUCUGUUAAAGGAAGACAAAAUGAAGCAGAAACGAAUCCUACAGAAGACAAGGAAUGCCAACCCGUUCUAGAAUCAAAUGAUUACAAUUUGAGUUGGAGAAAGCCAGGCCUUGCGGUUUUCAUCAUUAAUUCAAGGUUUGAACAUCAACCGUACAGGCCAUUUGCAGAAACAGACUGCCAUUAUAUGGUAAAACUUUUUAAGCAUUUAGGCUUUGAAGUACGUCUUCUAAAAGACCUGAAAGGACAGGACUUGUGGAGAGAGCUGAUAGAAAUACAGACAUCGAUAACAACUGAAUAUGACUGCUUUGUUUGUGUUAUAAGUUCGCACGGUGCAGAACUACCAUUGUCCAGAUUUGGGGAUUCACAGAGAAAACUCCGUGAGCAUGUUAUAUAUACAAGGGAUGGAUCUAUUCCAACAGAUAAAAUUCUGAACAUUUUUAAUGACGAAGGUUGUAAAAAUCUUCAAGGAAAACCACGCAUAUUCUUUAUACAGGCUUGUAGAUGUGUUAUGGGAGCAGACGAGGAUUUAGAUGUCGACAAAGGUGUAGACAUUGAAGUUACACGAACUCGCAUUCACGAACAAGAUUAUCCUGUUUUCCAUUUUAAAAGAAGAAGUAAAUAUAAUUUUGACAACACAAAAGAUGAAGUAAAAAAAGCUAGCAAAUCAGAUAAAAAUGAAAAUUGUGAUUUCGUAUUAGACGAGAAGUUACUUACUACAAGUAAAGCAGAUACGAGAGGAAGACCAGAAGACCAUCAUAGAAAAGUUAGCAGUAGAAGGUUUCAUUCCACAGAACCAGCUUCAUUUUGUUUUAUACCAUGUCAUGAAGAUUUUCUUGUUAUGUUUUCUAGUGCAUCUGAACGAAUAGCUUGGUCUGACAGUGGCAAAGGUGGUUGGUUAAUGUACUGUAUCUAUAAGGUUUUUAAGGGUCUUUUAAACGCAGAAUUUAAAACUGAUCUACUAUAUAUCUUGGUAGGAGUUUGUGAUAAAAUGGCUCGAGGACUGGCAGCAGGAACACCAUCAGAUCCUCUUCGAAAUAGGACAAAAUCAGCAGCAACAAUCUAUCACAUGUUGACAAAGGAUAUUUAUUUACAACCGAAACAUGUAAUGAAACAGUCAGUUUGCAGUGGACAGUUUGAGGGAAAGUUGACUGAUACAAGGACUUUAAAACAACAGAAUAUAAGAAAAUGAAUAUCUUGUUAAAUAUGCAAGACACAUGGUUUUAUUCCUGUUCGUUUGUUCAAGACCAAAGGAUAUAAAUAAAAGAGGCAUACGUUAUAACAAAUGCAGUAAAACCCAUGGAAAGUUUAAAACGAGACUGCACACGCUGCAAUAUCUCGCCUGCUUUUCUGACCAUAAAAUUCAAAAUAUAAAUUUUUAUUCUAAGUAUAUAUAUAUCAAACAAACUUUACAUGAUCCAAGAAAAUGAUUUCAAUGUCAGACAUACAAUCAUUCCAUACCUAGAAUAUAAAUGACAUAUUGCCUAUAGUAUACAAUAAACUUUAUAUUGGUCAAGGAACCAUGAAAAUGAGGUCAAUGUUAGGAAAGCACUACCUGACAGAUAUGAAUACCUUACAAUCAUUUUGUUGAUCAAACUAUUGCAUGAUAUAAUAUUAUAUAUAUCUAAGAAGCAAACAUAAGCAAUAAAAAUUAUCAUAGUCCAAUGAA